UAGGUGCCCACUUGAGGAAGCCUUACCCUGUAGUUAACGAGAUAGGAGUUUCACAUACACAUAGAAUAGUAGUUGCAGAAACCGAUAGCAUAAAUAACUCAAUUCUUUCUUAAGUCGACUUAGGCGGUCAUUGCUUAUGAUCACAGAGGUAUAGACUCAGUUAAAAAAAAAAACUAAUCAUGUUAAAAGUACAUCCAUCCUUUGUAUUCAUGUUUUAAAUAAAAUUUAUAAAAAAAAACUACAAAUUAAUUAUGUAACUUUUUUUAGGUGCAAUCUGUCUCAUUUGGGUACAUUUAUGCUAUUAAGUACAAUCUGAAAUUUCCAUUUUUCAUCCCUGCAGCGCGCUGCUGCUGGUUCGUUUUAGUUUAAGGACUGAUUGCAGUUGCUUGCAAGAUAAAAAGCCACUUAACAAAAAAGUCCUCUUAUUGUUCUCAAUCCUUCGUUGGACAAAGACGGACUUUUACGGGUUAAUGGCCGAUUAGCACAUUCCACAUUAAGCUAUAAUGAAAGGCACCCAAUAAUUCUCCCUACCGAAUCGAGGUUCUGCCAGCUAUAUUUGGAGUUUUUACACUCGCUGCUUCUUCACGCAGAAACACGAUUAAUGCUCCAAAUGGUAAGGCAAGAGUUUUACGUACCAAAGCUGAAACCUCUAAUUAAAAAAUGCAUCUUUCAAUGCAAAGUGUGCACGCUUUACAAGCAACAAACACGCACCCAAAUAAUGGCCGCUCUACCCCCUGAGCGCUGCAGUUUCUCACUCCCAUUUUCCACAACGGGAGUAGAUUUUGCUGGGCCAUUUCAAAUUAAAGCAUCGGUGCUAAGAUCCACAACCCUUAUCAAGGGAUACGUUGCAGUUUUUGUCUGUUUUUCCACAAAGGCAGUGCAUCUCGAGCUAUGCUCGGAUCUUACAACCGAGGCUUUUCGAGCAGCAUUCGCCCGCUUCGUUGGCAAACGAGGUUUUCCCUCAAAAAUGAUGAGCGACAAUGGAAAAACGUUCAUUGGCGCCCAGCGCGCAACAGAACGCGACUUCGUUAAAUUCCUUAACGAAUGUUCCGCAGACAUUGUCAAAAAAUAUGCCCCUCAAGGCAUCAACUGGCAAUAUAUACCACCCAGCGCCCCCCACGUGGGCGGCUUGUGGGAAUCUGCAGUGAAAAGCUUUAAAAUCCAUUUAAAGAAAACCGCUGCAACCCACAAGUUCACUUUCGAAGAAUUCACGACGCUUCUGGUGCGAAUUGAAGCAGUCCUCAACUCGAGGCCUCUAUCCGCACUUUCUCAAGACCCAGCUGAUAUGACAGCACUUACUCCGGGUCACUUCCUCUCUCUACUAAACCGGUGGGAGAAAGUCAAAGCACUUCACCACCACUUUAGUCGCCGCUGGAAAGAAGAUUACCCCAAAGAUCUUCAGAAGAGGUACAAGUGGAAAACUCCACAACGCGACCCUCAGCCAGGCGACAUCGUUGUGAUCAAAGAAGAUUCGCUCCCCCCCACCGAGUGGCGAUUGGGACGAAUCGAAAACGUUCGCCAUGGCCCUGAUAACCACAUACGUGUUGUGGAAGUCCGUACACAAAAUGGAGUUAUCACGCGGCCACUUGUCAAACUGUGCUUCCUUCCAAAAGCACAAUAAAUAAUUCUAUACAUCUUUUCCUUUUGUAUAUUAAGGGUCUUAACUUCCCGUUUAAAUAUUGUACCCAAGUACUCCUCGUU